AUGUGGCCGUCGCAGACGUCGUCGCAGGGCGGGUGGGGCAGCGGCGGCGCGUCGCUCGCCGACCUUACUGCUGCGCCGUCGCCGCUGCUCUCGCAGGAGUUGCAGCAGCGCUGGGAAGAGAGCAAGCGUGAUGCAGAAAGCUUCUACGCCUACGUGAGCAAUGAACACCGCAGUGCGUACAUGACGAAGGUCGCCCGAAUUACACUGAAAAACUUCGAGGAGAAUAAGCGCGACCGGCUGCGCGGCAUCGCCAACGAAAAGCGGCUAGACCGCAAGGGGAAUCUGCUCGAGUCGGGAGGGCUUUGGAUUGUCGACGACCAGCUGCGCGCCCAGCUGGCGCGUAAGUAUCAAAUGGAGCAGGAUGGUGAAGUCACCGCAACAACUGCUGCUUCUGGAGAUGCGAAGAAGGGCGGGGGAGAGACGCCGGGAGAAGAUGCGACAGCACGUGACACGGCUUCCGCGCCUGUGUCUGAGGAGGAGGCGAUGCUGCAGCGCUUCAUGGCCCAGCGUAAGUCGCAGGAGCUCUCAUUUGCGUCGGUGCCGGAGGAAUUCAUGUCGAUUGACGAUGAUGUGGCGGUGAUGGGCGCGCAGGAUGGCGGUGAUGAGACACCGCGCUUGCGGUCGACGGCGCGGUCUCCGGAGUUACUGCUGCUUUGCUCUAGACCCCGCAUCGUCGCCUCGCAGCUGCUGCAUCACGCCGCCAGCAGCACGGCGAAGCGUUCCUUGUCAUCGUCGUGCGCCUCACUCGACGUGCUCGGGCACUCGCAGGGCGAUGUGAUUCCUACGGGCGACGAGCCGCCGCGGAAGAUGGUACGUCACGCGUAUAGGCAGAAGUAA